AUGGACGUGGACAACGCAAGCAGUCCAGCGUCCACGCCCGCGGAGGACCGACGCAAAUCAGGUCGGGCGACGCGACGGCCCGAGGUCUUUUCGCAGACCAAUCACUCAAUUGUCGAUGCGAAUACAAGUGCGAAGCGAAAGCGCGGCGAUGCGCUGGAUCAAUCCGACAGUGAAAAUAAUCUCGCAGAGUCCGAGUCCGAUGAUGCCGAAGACGAAGAGGCCGACGAGGAAGAGAUCCGCGAGAAGCGACGGACCACCACCCGCAAAAAGGGGCCAAAGAAAGCUGCCGUGAAGAAACGUACCCCGGCCGCCAAGAAGCCUAAGGUCACCGGCAACGGCGUAGGAAGACAGCUCGCAUUUCGGCCCGCAACGAAUGGUCGACAGCCAAUGUCGCGCCCUCGUAAAAUCAAGGCCAGGCCCAGUUUGGUGACAGGCGAACAAGGUCUCUACGGUAAGAAAACAAACCUUGCCAUUGAUUUGCAAACACCACACACGAUUCUUGAAUUUCUGAGUCUGACUGUUUCCUACCCAACAGCCGAGGUUUUCGGAAAGAGCAACAACUCCGAGACAGCGGCAGCUCAAUGGCUCAGUCAAUAUGAGAAGAAUCCCGCACUUGCCAUGCGUGACUUGGUCAACUUCAUCCUUCGAUGCACCGGCGACAAUCUGGAAAUCACCGAGGAGCAGGUGGUUGAGGUGGACCAUGCGCCGGAGCAUAUUACGGAACUUCAAGAAGUCUACAUCGCGCACAAGAUCCCCGAAUACCCUCUCAUGGCCAGAGACAAGAAAUACCGUGCUUUUCAACCAGUUCUGGAAGAAUUCUUUGCCGCACUAAUCCAAACUUUCCAUCACUCUUCGAUCUUGUACACGGACGUUGUGCUUUUUGAAAACAUUCAGAUCUGGAUUUCUUGUAUUUCAACAGCAGGAAUUCGGCCCUUCCGUCACACUGCCACUAUCAUCUCACUGGCUAUGACCACAGCUCUGUGUACGAUUGCCCGAGAAGUGAUGACAACCGUGACAACUUCUCGCAAACAACUUGAAAGCGAAAAGAAGAAGAAAACCCAGAACAAGGGUCGCAUCGGAGCGAUCCAAACCGCUAUCUCUGAAGGCGAAAACAAGAUCGAGCGUCUGGACGAGUUCCUUCAAGACGGCUUUGAUACUGUCUUCGUUCACCGCUACCGAGACGUCGAUGGCGUGAUUCGGGGUGAAUGCUUGACUGCACUCGGUAAAUGGAUUGCGACGUACAGGGAGAUGUUCUUCGAGGGCCAGUACUUGCGAUAUCUGGGCUGGACCCUUGCCGAUGUGGUAGCGCAUACUCGCCUGGUUGUCUUGGAACAAUUGUUGCCACUCUACGAAAACAAGGACAAUGUUGCAGUUCUUCAUUCUUUCACCGAUCGUUUCCGUCCAAGGAUUGUGGAGAUGGCUUCGCAGGACGCUGAUAUUCACGUCCGUGUGGCCGCAAUCGAACUGCUGGUUCAUCUUCGCGAGGGGGGCCUACUUGAACCGGGCGACAUUGAUGCCGUCGGUCGACUGGUAUUCGACAUCGAUCCCCGUGUUCGGAAAACAGCUGGGCGCUUCUUCGCCGCGAAUGUGCAGGAUGCGUUCGAGUCAUCGAUUGAAGAAGUUGCGGACGAAGUCAAUGAAAUGUUCGCUGAUGACGAAGACGAAGACGAAUACGAAUCACCUAAGCGCUCAUGGAUCAAAUUCAAGACCUUGGUGGAAAUUUUCCAAGCAUACGAUGAUCAGGGCGAGGAAAAGGCGCCCGAGUCUGUGCGCAAUGUCCUCUCUGGUGCGCCAGCCGAUUCCCGCUUCGUCCUCGCAACCGAAGCUAUUUACCCAUAUGUGGAGGAGCUGUCUCAGUGGCAGUCGCUCGCCGGCUACCUCCUCUAUGACCACUCACAGAUCGAGGAUGAGCCCGAAGAGGACGAUGCCACGGGCUUGGUCAGGACCUUGUACAAGAUGAGUGAAGGGCAAGAAUCUAUUCUUUUGGAGAUUCUUUGCGCAGCCGUCAAGCUUCGUGUACUUGAUAUCGCGAAAUCUGAUAUCGACAAGCGAGGUCGCAAGGUGAGGGCUUUGACCGCUAAGAUCCCCGAAUUACAAGAGGAAAUCUCACAUUGCCUGGCUCAAAUCAUCCCUCAACUUCUAAACAAGUUCGGGUCGGCGCCAGAAGCAGCAUCUGCGGUGUUGCGUCUCGAGCAUCUUGUGGACCUGGAUACCAUUCAGGAUCUGCAGAAAGAUGCGACCGCAUACACGACGCUGCUCAACGACAUCAACAAGCAAUUUCUCACUCACUCGGACCAAGAUGUGCUUGCUGAAGCUAGCGUGGCUUUCUUGCACGCAAAGAGCUCCGAAGAAAUGCGGGAUGCUCUGGAGGGUAAGGUCCAGGAGCUUUGGGAUGACAUGAUUGAUACCUUGAUCGCGCUCUACCGGAAGAAGGAGGUUCAGGCCGGGGCAUUUAUUCCCGAUCCAACAAUUACCGAGCUGGCUCAUACUGUGAUGCGAAUCGUCAACCUAUCUGCCAUCGUUGAUUGUACUGCUAUCUUGGAGACGGCGCCCAAGUCUCACUCCAAAUCCAAGAAAGAUGCGUCUGAGGCCCCAUUCAACGUUCUCAUGCACAUGAUUCAGCGAGGCACUCGCAAAUUGGAUGAUGACGAAGACAUUGCCCGGGCAGAAACGGAAGUUGUCGUCAGCAGUAUUCGUAUUCUGCUCUUCUACUUCAUGUGGAAGGUUCAGACCCUGGCGGCAGCCUUGAAGGACGGCCAAGCCUCGUUUUCUACAUCGUACUUCGAGGCGCUGGCAAAGAGUCGGGAGGCAUUUGUCACUGCUCUUCUUGCUAUCAUGCAAGAACGACAUGGCCUUGAUGACAUUCGCUUCACGGCUGCCACUACCUAUUUAGAUCUACACACGCUUUUCAGUACCUUGCGCAACGCCGGACAGGGCGUCGGAAACAAUGAAGAUGUUCUUUUCCAAGCCCAAGGUCUCGUCCACGAGAUUCCAGCGCAAGGUGAGAACCAAGUCUCCAAGAUCCAAAGCCUCGCCGAGCGGUUAUUCGCCAAAAAGUCAAAUCGCGGUCUAGAACCUGGAGAAGACGACGAGCCGGCAUCAGAGGAUGAGCCAGAGGACGAUGAGGAAGCGAGUGAUUCCGACGAUGAAGUUGCUGCCAAUGAACGCCUUCGAAACAGCAUGAUUGCCGAGCAGCGUCUGUGUGAGUUGACCGGUAAGCUGGUGUUGGCCAUCAUCGGCCGCGUGAUCGAUGCUUCGGGAUCUCGACGUGGCUCUCUCAAAAAGCGUCUUCUCCGUCACAAAAAUACGCUGGGUCACAAUUACCGGGAGGUGCUUUCUUAUUUGGAGGAGCGCAAGCCUCGUAGCGCGCCUCGCAGUCGAACAAAGCGAGCAUCAACUGGUGGGGGAGUUGACGGCGAGACUUCCACUGGCAAGAAGGAUUUCAAGUCCGCCGAGCGUAUUGGGGAUGAAGACGACGAAGAUGGAGCAGAACACGAAAUCUCAGAUAACGACCGUGGAGCGGAGAACGAGGAAGCCGCCGAAGAUCACGACCACGGAGACAACGAGGACGAAGGUGACGGCGAAGCGGAUGAUGCUGAACCGGUCGAGGAAGACGACGAUGAGGACCUUCGUAAUCGCGGUCUCCUUGAAGAAGACAUCGACCGAGACGACAGUCAAGAUGAGCAAGACGCUGCCUCGGCCGCUGAUUCGGAUGAGGACGAGGUUAUGGGUGAUUAA